CCCCUUUUUUUUCCUUUUUGCGUUGAGCCUCCCUCGUUUCGCUUUCUCACAGUUCCCUUUUUUUUUUUUCUGUUUUUUUUUUCUCAUUCCUUCUGUGUCUCUCUCUCUCUUUCUCUCUCUGCUACACCAAAAAAGCUCGUGUUUUUUUGCAAUUGCUACUGUUGAGUUUCACAAACAUUCACCAAACUUAUUCGUUCUCUCAUUACCCAUCAAUAUUUAUUCUGUCAGCAUGUCUCAGACUAACUGGGAAGCUGAUAAGAUGUUAGAUGUUUACAUCCACGAUUACUUAGUGAAGAGGGAUUUGAAGGCUUCAGCUCAGGCUUUUCAAGCUGAAGGCAAAGUGUCCUCGGACCCUGUUGCUAUUGAUGCACCUGGAGGAUUUCUGUUCGAGUGGUGGUCGGUUUUCUGGGACAUAUUUAUUGCUAGGACAAAUGAGAAGCACUCAGAGGUUGCUGCAUCUUAUAUCGAGACCCAGUUAAUUAAGGCGAGAGAGCAACAGCAGCAGCAACAGCAACAGCAACAGCAACAGCAACAAGGGCAGCAGCAGCCACAACCUCAGAAGUUGCAACAUCAACAACAGCAGCAGCAACAACAACACAUGCAGAUGCAACAAAUCCUAUUACAAAGGGCUCAGCAGCAGCAGCAGCAGCAACAACAACAGCAGCAGCAGCAGCAGCAACCACAACAACAGCAGCAGCAGCAGCAACCACAACAGCAGCAUCAGCAGCAGCAGCAACCACAACAGCAGGGUAGGGAUAGGGCUCAUCUCUUAAAUGGUGGUACGAAUGGGUUAGUUGGAAACCCUAGCACAGCAAAUGCACUAGCAACAAAGAUGUAUGAGGAAAGGUUAAAAUUGCCCCUUCAAAGGGACUCUUUGGAAGAUGCAGCAAUGAAGCAAAGAUUUGGAGACCAAAUCUUAGACCCAAAUCAUGCCUCAAUAUUGAAGUCAUCUGCAGCUACCGGCCAGCCUUCAGGGCAAGUUUUGCAUGGUGCUGCUGGUGCAAUGUCUCCACAAGUUCAAGCUCGUAGUCAGCAAUUACCAGGAUCUACUCCGGAUAUAAAGAGUGAGAUCAAUCCUGUUUUAAAUCCCAGAGCUGCCGGCCCUGAAGGAUCAUUGAUAGCAAUGCCUGGUUCGAAUCAAGGUAGCAACAAUUUGACUCUGAAAGGAUGGCCACUCACAGGCUUGGAGCAACUACGUUCUGGUCUACUCCAGCAACAGAAACCUCCUUUCAUACAGUCUCCUCAGCAAUUUCAUCAACUUCCAAUGUUGACACCACAACAUCAGCAACAGUUAAUGCUAGCACAACAAAAUUUGGCAUCUCCAUCUGCCAGUGAUGAUAGUAGAAGAAUCAGAAUGCUGCUGAAUAAUAGGAAUAUGGGUGUAACUAAGGAUGGUCUUUCAAACCCUGUUGGUGAUAUAGUAUCAAAUGUUGGAUCACCUCUUCAAGCAGGUGGCCCCGCUUUUCCACGCAGUGAUACAGAUAUGCUAAUGAAGUUGAAACUGGCGCAAUUACAACAUCAGCAACAGCAGAAUGCCAAUCCACCACAGCAGCAACUGCAACAGCAUACUCUUUCGAAUCAGCAAUCUCAGACAUCAAAUCAUAGCAUGCAUCAGCAAGAUAAAAUGGGAGGAGGUGGUGGUAGUAGUGUCAAUGUGGAUGGUAGCAUGUCAAAUUCCUUUAGAGGAAAUGAUCAGACUGGGAGAAAGAGAAAGCAACCUGCAUCUUCUGGUCCUGCCAAUAGUUCUGGAACAGCUAAUACAGCUGGCCCAUCUCCAAGUUCAGCACCCUCAACUCCCUCAACACAUACACCUGGUGAUGUGAUGUCAAUGCCUGUUUUACCUCAUAGUGGUAGCUCUUCAAAGCCAUUAAUGAUGUUUAGUGCUGAUGGCGCUGGAACUCUGACAUCACCUUCAAACCAAUUGUGGGAUGAUAAGGAUCUUGAAUUGCAGGCUGAUGUGGACCGUUUUGUGGAGGAUGGAUCUCUUGAUGAUAAUGUGGAGUCUUUUUUAUCCCCUGAUGAUACAGACCUUAGAGAUACUGUUGGUCGUUGUAUGGAUGUAAGCAAAGGUUUCACAUUUUCUGAAAUAAAUUCUGUACGUGCAAGCACUACCAAAGUUGGCUGUUGCCAUUUUUCAUCUGAUGGGAAAUUGCUUGCUAGUGGUGGCCAUGACAAAAAGGCUGUUUUGUGGUUCACAGAUUCUCUAAAACAGAAAGCUACUCUUGAAGAGCAUGCAUCUUUAAUCACUGAUGUCCGUUUCAGUCCAAGCAUGCCUCGUCUUGCAACAUCUUCACAUGACAAAACUGUCAGAGUUUGGGAUGUUGAAAAUCCUGGAUAUUCGCUUCGUACCUUUACGGGACAUUCUUCACCUGUUAUGUCACUAGAUUUUCACCCUAAUAAAGAUGAUCUUAUCUGCUCUUGUGAUGCUGAUGGUGAGAUACGAUAUUGGAGCAUUAACAAUGGCAAUUGUGCUAGAGUCUCGAAGGGUGGCGCUGUUCAGAUGAGAUUUCAACCUCGCCUAGGGAGGUACCUAGCUGCAGCUGCAGAGAAUGUUGUUUCUAUACUUGAUGUGGAAACACAAGCAUCUCGAUAUUCACUAAAGGGACAUACAAAAUCAAUACGUUCUGUGUGUUGGGAUCCUUCUGGGGAGUUUCUGGCAUCUGUCAGUGAGGACUCUGUCAGAGUUUGGACUCUUGGAUCAGGGAGUGAAGGGGAGUGUGUUCACGAGCUUAGCUGUAAUGGCAACAAGUUUCACUCAUGUGUUUUCCAUCCAACAUAUUCUUCGCUGUUGGUCGUUGGUUGUUACCAGUCAUUGGAGCUCUGGAACAUGACUGAGAACAAGACGAUGACACUAUCUGCUCAUGAAGGUCUUAUUGCGGCAUUGGCGGUUUCUACUGUAAAUGGUUUGGUUGCUUCAGCCAGUCAUGACAAGUUUGUCAAGCUCUGGAAGUGAAUUUGUUGUGUCAUUAAUACAGGUUGUUUUUUAGUCUGUUGAUAUUGUUGUAGUUUAUGAUGUCCCCUUUUUUGUAGUUUGGUCAACCACCCUCCCUCGCAUGUUUGUAGUUUAUGUACCCUUUUAUGUAGCUUGAUCAACCACCCUCCCUCUUUUGCCAUUUGGGUAUAAUCUGAUUUUCUAUGUAACCAUAGAUACUAACUUUUUGUAAUAUUGUCACCCCUGUUGUAUCCUGUUUCAUAAUUGUUAUACUUGGAGAUUUCUGCUCAUCAUUUAGAUUGGCUAUUAUAAUCUAUGAGUGCUAACAACCCAUCUUCUUA